UAAUCUGACACUUCAACUUGCGGUGCUCUACGGUAGUUGAUUCAGUCAGUCAGUCAGUCAGUCACACCGUCUUCGGGGUUCUCUCACGUCGUCUUUGUGAAGUGAAGGGAGCGAAGGAGCGGAGCGCCGUAAACACGCGGCGUGGAGGAACAAUACGCGGCUUUGCCUCUCAGCUUCGAGCAGAAAAUCUCCUCUUAAGGAGAGGUCAGCAUCGGACCGCGCGGGAGGAAUACAUGAAGGGCGGGGCGGGAGAGGGGGGGUGCCAGCUGCAGCACGAGCGCCUCUGAGGUCACGCAGGCUCGCUCUGUGAUUGAUGAAGUUUAAGAAGCCGAUUUUGCCUAACAGCAAACACAGGAGCCUCCUCAUCCGAAUCGCUGAAACCCUUCGAAGUUGCCGGGAAGCUGACGGCGGGCUCUGCAUUGGUGUGAGUAAACAACGUUUCCCGCAGAAGUCAGAGGAAAACAAUUAAAGAGCCGUCAGAGCUGCUCAGCCUCUUCCAGAUGUCUGGUCGUGGUCACAGGAGGGACAAACAGUGCGUCUCGUGAUUGACCAGCACUCAGGAGUAAAAAACACACACAAAAAAACUUUUAAUGGAGUCCCGGUAGAGACGUCAAGAUGAACACGUUACCAUCAAUGGACCGGCAUAUCCAGCAGACCAACGACAGGCUGCAGUGCAUCAAACAGCACUUACAGAACCCGGCCAACUUCCACUCGGCUGCUACGGAGCUGCUCGACUGGUGUGGAGAUCCCCGGGCCUUCCAGCGACCUUUCGAGCAAAGUCUCAUGGGAUGUCUGACGGUGGUGAGCCGUGUUGCCGCUCAGCAGGGGUUCGACUUGGACCUGGGCUACAGGUUGCUUGCUGUGUGCGCUGCCAACCGGGACAAAUUCACUCCUAAGUCUGCAGAAACCAGCACCUGCAGGAGAUGUCAGAGUGAUUCAGCUCUGCUGUCGUCGUGGUGUGAGGAGCUGGGCCGUCUCCUCUUGCUGCGUCAUCAGAAGAACAGGCAGAACGAACCACAGGGAAAAGUUCCCAUGCAGCCCAGCAUGAACAGCAUGAAGCCUGGCCUCACACACAGUGAUGGAUCAUUUCCGUAUGACUCUGUCCCCUGGCAACAGAACACCAACCAGCCUCCAGGGUCACUGUCCGUGGUUACAACAGUGUGGGGUGUGACUAAUACGUCACAAAGUCAGGUGCUGUGUAAUCCUAUGGCGAACAGCAACAACCACAUGAAUCCCGGGGGAAACCACAUGGGAUCGGGUAUAUCGGCCAGCGCAGCAGGGCUCAGUUCGCCUCAGUUCAGCGCUCAGCAGCAGCAGUUCCCAAGCAAAGGAGGAUCCGGCCAGUCGUACAUGCAGCAGGGCAUGUACGGCAGGCCCGGCUACCCCGGUGGUCCUGGGGGGUACAGUGGAAGUUACUCUGGAGGCCCCAACGCCCCUCCUGGUGGUAUGGGAAUGACGACCCACACACGCCCCCCUGGUGACUUCACUCCCCCUGCUGCCGCAGCAGCUGCUGCAGCCGUAGCUGCAGCUGCUGCCACAGCCACGGCCACAGCCACUGCCACUGUGGCGGCUCUGCAGGAAACGCAGAAUAAAGAGAUGAACCAGUACGGACAGAUGUGCCCGUCGUUCCAGAUGGGCCCCGCACCAGCCUACAACAGCCAGUUCAUGAACCAGCCGGGCCCCCGAGGGCCUCCUGGAGGUAUGAACCCAGCCGCCAUGGGCUCAGGCAUGAGCAACCCCAACAUGAGUGGCCCUCCAUUGGGCAUGAGCCAGGCUCGAACACCGGGCAUGGGGCCUUUUGGAGGUCCCAGUCAGAGGAUGCCUCAGCAAGGUUACCCUGGUGGGCCCCGACAAGGCAUUCCCAUGCAGGGGAUGAAGAGGCCGUAUCCCGGGGAGGGGAGUUACGGGGGUCAGCAGUACGGGCCAAACAGUCAGUUCCAGCCUCAGCAGGGACAGUACCCCUCAAAUGCCUCCAGGCCACUGCCUUCCCCCAACUACCCCAGCCAGCGGAUGCCAGUGCAGCAGGGUCAAGGACAGUACCCCCCUGGCAUGGCCAUGAGCCAGUACUACAAGCAAGAACCAUUCAAUGGUCAGAACACUAGCUUCACUGGAGGCGGAUACUCCUAUAACCAAGGCAGUGGGCCCCCCAGGCCUGGUAACUACCCACACUCUCCAGUCCCUGGAAACCCAACUCCUCCCAUGACCCCAGGAAGCAGUAUUCCUCCUUAUCUGUCGCCAAACCAGGACGUGAAGCCCCCCUUUCCACCUGACAUGAAACCAAAUAUGACAGCACUUCCGCCCCCUCCGGGCAACCCAAACGAGGAGCUGCGGCUGACGUUCCCAGUCAGGGACGGGGUGGUGCUGGAACCGUUCCGCCUGGAGCACAACCUGGCUGUCAGUAACCACGUCUUCCAUCUGCGACCCUCCGUCCACCAGACACUCAUGUGGAGGUCAGACCUUGAGCUCCAGUUUAAGUGCUACCAUCACGAAGACAGACAAAUGAACACCAACUGGCCGGCCUCGGUCCAGGUCAGCGUGAACGCCACGCCGCUCACCAUCGAGAGAGGCGACAACAAAACCUCCCACAAGCCACUGCACCUGAAGCACGUCUGCCAGCCGGGGAGGAACACCAUCCAGAUCACGGUCACCGCCUGCUGCUGUUCCCACCUGUUUGUGCUGCAGCUGGUCCACAGGCCAUCUGUGCGCUCCGUCCUCCAGGGACUCCUGAAGAAGAGGCUCCUUCCUGCAGAGCACUGCAUCACCAAGAUUAAGAGGAACUUCAGCAGCGUAGCGGCGUCGGCGGGCAACACCACUCUCAACGGAGAGGACGGCGUGGAGCAGACGGCCAUCAAAGUGUCGCUAAAAUGUCCCAUUACCUUUCGACGCAUCCAGCUGCCCGCGAGGGGCCACGACUGCAAACACGUGCAGUGCUUCGAUUUGGAGUCCUACUUGCAGCUCAACUGUGAGAGAGGGACAUGGAGGUGUCCUGUGUGCAAUAAAACAGCAUUAUUAGAAGGUCUGGAGGUUGACCAGUAUAUGUGGGGUAUUCUUAAUGCCAUCCAAAAUUCAGACUUUGAAGAGGUCACUAUAGACCCCACAUGUAGCUGGAGGCCAGUUCCCAUCAAGUCUGAGCUGCACAUCAAGGAGGAUCCAGACGGACCGCUGGCCAAGCGCUUUAAGACUAUGAGUCCAAGUCAGAUGACCAUGCCCAACGUGAUGGACAUGAUCGCUCAGCUGGGGCCCGGUCCAGGACACGGACCGGGACCCGGGCAGGGGCCAGGUCCAGGUCCAAGUUCCUACCCCCACCAUCCUGGACAGCAUCCCAGCGGAAACGGAGAUUACCCCGGAGCAGGCAACAGCUACCACAAUCAAGGUAGCUUUGACUUCCCUAACGGGAACCCAUCCGCUGGCGGUGGCGUUGGAGGAGGAGGAGCAGGAGGAGGAGGAGGAGGAGGCGGUCCUCCCAUGAAUGAUUUCAUCCACGGCCCACAGCUCUCCCAUCCCCCUGAUGGACCCGGUGGUCUUCUACCCCAGGACAAGCCGCUUAGCCACGGCAUGAACGAUGCAAUGUCCCAUUCAGAUCAGUCCCAUAACUCCAUGCAGCCGAGCAUGCAUGCGUCCCCGCACCCUGGCAGCCAAUCAGGGCCGCCCUUGCAUCACAGCGGCCAGUCAGGGCAGCCCCUGCAUCACAGCGCCCAAUCAUCACAGCCGCCUCGCCAGUCGCAGCCUCAGCCGCAGCAGCAGCCGCAGCAGCAGCACCCUGGCCAGAACAGCCAUCCCCACGGCGACCUGAGCUUUAACCCCUCCUCAGACACGCAGAUGGCUCAGGGAGCUCAGGACAUGCCCGAACCCUCCCUGGAUCUGCUUCCAGAGCUAGCCAACCCGGAAGAGUUACUCUCCUACCUGGACCCCCCCGACCUUCCCUCCAACAGCAACGACGACCUACUCUCCCUUUUCGAGAACAACUAGCCCCUCCUCGCCCUCUUCCUGUGAACACUUGGAGCAGCUACCUGUUUUCACGCACGCGGACUUGCUCGAACUGUUUCCGUGUUGACGACGGGCGUGCGGCGCAGGAGCGCGGCUGUGAAGGAAGCGGGACGUCAACACUCGAUCCCUGCACUCCCCUCCCUCCCCCUUUUUACUCAGCUUGUGUAAAGAUUCCACACACCAGUUCCACCUCCUCUGGCUCCACCAUCCGUAGCCAUGUUGGUGGGCACUAAAUUGAUAUAAAAAUAUUUAUAUAUUAUAUACACAUAAAUUAUAUGUGUAUAUGAGCAUAUAUAUAUAUACAUGUAUAUAUAUAUGUGACUUUUCAACUGAAAACUGUGCAGCUAUAAUCAUAUAUGACAACACAGAGGAGACAGACAGAAGCCUUGUGUUGUAGCUUUCUUUUCUUUCAUAUAUAUAUAUAUAUAUAAAUAUAUAUAUAAUUUUCCCCUUGACACAAGAGGAGUCAGAGGGAAAGCCAUUGUGUUGUAAAAUUGUCUUUUUGAACCCAAACUAAAUUUGUUCUUCCAAAUCUUCCACACACACAACCCCAGACUUCCCGGUAUGUGUGUGUGACAGCUGAGUAACUCUUCUGACUCAGAGCACUGAUAUCUGUGUCUGCGGAGGAAGUGAGCGCAUGUUGUGCAGCGUUGCAUGUUUGUCUGUAUGCAGGUGCAUGUCAAUAAAUUAGGAUAUUAUUGAAAGGUUAAUUUAUUACAUAUCCUUAAUUGAAUUAAAAUAGGGAAGCUCAAUUCAAUUUAUACCAUUUAUUAGCUUCUGGCUAUUAUUGACAACACAGGGCAAUUUCAUUUGCAGCGAAUUAUAAAAUAAAAUUUGAAUGUGAAACAAAGUCACAUGUACCUAUGUUUGACCCAGUCCACUUACUAGCAUAAAAGUGUAAAAAAUAAACAGACCUUUUGUUAAAAUUAAUGUUAACUAUGUUUAAAUGUAGUUCUGAAACACCACAAAAGCAGCAAGCUGUGCUAGGAUUAUCCUACAAGUUCUUUCUUGAUUUCUGUUCUUGUUUUUGUGCUGACCAAAGCAAAAGCGUUUAUCUCAUAAAGAAAUGCAUAAACAUCUCACAUUACAUGGAAGCAUUAAACUCUGAGUAAAAUAUUUCAAACGUUUUGUGUUAAUUUUGAUGAUCAUAUCCUACUGGUGAAUGAAAACCCAGAAUUCAGAAUCUUAGAAAAUUUGAAUGUUACAUGAGACUAGAAAAACUUGUUUUUGUAAAUGUAGACAUUUUAUAUUUUGGCCUACACAAUAAUAAGGAAAACUACUGAUUUGACACCAUCAACAAUAAAGGUAAGUGUGAUCAUAGUACCACUGUACCUGAUUGGCCAGGAAACUCACCUCAUCAAACGGUGCGCUUCACAGGAAGAUGAGAGAGAGAAGAGUUAUCAAUGCAAAUGCAACCUGUGUUUUCUCAGCACCAUCAUUCUCACAAAUGCAGUAAUUGAUGCAACAAAAAAAACCCCAACAAAGCACUGAGAGCAUACCGUACAUUACAUAAACAUAUUUUUAAUUUAUAUCAUAUAAUAUAAUUUUCUCAGACAGUGUUGUGCAGCCUUUCAUCAACUGUAAGUCAUCAUUAUCAAAAUGAACAGAGAUGCAUGUGAGAAUCACAUUAGUUUGUGUACUGAAUUUACACAGUGAGUUUCACUUGUAGCUUUACUGAAACAAAUCCACUUUUUGAUGGUUUUCUGAUUCAUUGAGAUGCACUUGAACACGUCCAGUUUUUUUUUUCCCUUAUGAGUUCAUGUGAAAGGCAGAGAGCAGGAGGAAAAAAGCAGCAGCCCAAAAGCAGAAGAGCGAUCGUGGCAUUGUUGUACUCCUCGCCCCCCGUGAUGAUUUGCCCUUCCUUGUCAAGUUUUGCACCGUUUCCAUCACAAGUGCAUGUGUGCCAACACACCCCUUGUUGUCUUCGUCCGGCCCAAACGUGCUCAAACGAACGUGUCUUCAUUCGUGGGGGUUCAUUUUAAAUCUCAUGGUUUUAAUUCCUCCUCGUUGUCCUUGUUCACGUUUGACCGUCACCGCUCAUUGUAAUUAAUCCGAUCCGACCUUUUUAAAUCGCCGUGUUGUAAAGGAAAACAAACGUGUAGGUGUACUUGAUUUCCUUUUGUCAUGUUUUUACCUUUGAACGGCAUACUUUUAGGUAAAAAAAAAAAAAAACAACCAUCGUGCAUGAUGAUCCAGCAGACUUGUCGUGUGUAUUAUAUCCCCUUGUGACUGUACAGUGCUGUACCUAAAACUAUUAGUGGUUACGUCAUGGUACUGUGUGUCUGUCCAGGCCUGCACAUGCUCACACACACAUACACAAUCCCUGAUAACAACCUAAUAUUGUAAGAAAUCUAUCCCUAUGCACUGUCACUGGCCUUGUACUGAGUGUAUUGUGUAUUUUAACCUCCAAACCUGUUACAAUGCAUCAGCAGAAAGAAUAUUUAAAACUAUCCUGCAGGCUAUUCUGAGGUAUUUUUCUUAUUUUUAUAUUCUAUAUGUGUGUAAAAUCAGAUUAGCUUUAACUGAGCUCUGUGUUUCUUUCUACAGGAUUGUUAAUGCAGCUUCAAGGUCCAAAUUUGUCCGGAAAAAAACAAACAUUUUCUUUACUGUUGUAACAUGCAAACUCGUCCUCUUUAUUUAAAGUAAGAAUGUGCAAAACGAGACCUGAUAUCGAGUGUUUUAUCUCCACACUUAGCAGAAUUUGUGUUUUCGUCAUAUUUUCUAUUGUUUUAAAUUAUUCUUGUCCAAUGUCUCCUUUUUUUGUUUGUCUUUUUACGACCAGUCUGAUUUGAUUUAUGCAGUUAUAAUACAGUAAAAAAAAAAAAAAAACGAUUUGAAGCUUCCCGAUUUCAGUUCAGAUCACCUUCCAGAAUCAAAUUUUGUUUUAAGACGAUGCACUGCCGCGUUGGGAGAUUUUACACCCCCUGCACAGUGUGUGAUGAUACAUAUAAGCUCUCACAGAAACAUGUCUUGUAAAUUUUGCAAUCCGAUUUGUAUUUUCUGAUGGCGGAUGCUGAAAAUGAAGCAGAGGGAUCUCAAAGAGAGGAUGGCUGAUAUUGUAAAAAGAACUCAGAGGAGGAUUCUCCUUACAGGGGGGAUUUUUUUGGGUGGGGAUGUAAGGGAUAUUUGUACAUAAUGUAAAUGACAAAAUAGAGACACAUUAACAGAAGUGUAUUCAUUUUUCUCCAGUGGGAGUGUGCAUAGUGUAUUUAGAAUUUGUAAAGCUUGCAUCCUCCUGUCAGACGUUGCAUUGUUUGAUUGCCUCUGUGCAGACCUCUCUAACCACGCCUGUUCAAUGUAAGAUACUUAAUGCCACCUUUCUCACGGGAUUCAGGAACAGAAAAAAAAGAGGGUUUUGCUUUGCGUAAUGUUAAACCUCUGUGUUUUUCACUCUUACCUGUGUACUUUUUAAAGGUGCUACAAAAUUAUUAAAGAAGAAAAAAAAAAAAAAAAAAGGAAGCUUUUGAGGUAUAACUGAGUCUCGGGUGGCUCCCGAGUGUGGCAUCCAAAAAUUUACAGUUUGUAGAAACAAAAUUUUUGUCAAAUUUGUAACUUUUCUGAAAUUUGGCAAAUGUGCUGUUAAGGUACAAUCUGAAGCGAUUGGCACAAGUGGCAAUUGUCUUAUUUGGUUUUUGUACAUUCUGUGUACAAUCAUUUCAUAUUCUAAACUGGUCAGAAGAACAUUGUGAUUUUUAGUCUUGCAAAUCUGUAUGUAGUUAGAUGAUGUGACAUCCUAAUAUUUAUCUAAUAAAUAUGUAUUCAGAUGAAACACA